GGCGGGGAGCGGCCGCCUUUGUGCUGCCCGGACCCGCUCUCCGUCCUCCUGCAGGCAGAAGAGGAGCUAGCGAGGAGAUUAGAAAAAGCCCACCAAGCUCGAGUUAAUGUUUGAGAAGUUCGGGUGCGGGAGAGUCUGGAAUUUUGGCUUCUUGGAGAAACAGUAGAAAAUGCAAAACGAAAUAAUAAAGCCUGCUAAGUACUUCUCAGAAGUGGAGAAGAGUGUGCUGCUUGCAUUAGUUGAAAAAUACAAAUACGUGCUGGAAUGUAAAAAAAGCGAUGCGAGAACUAUUGCUCUGAAACAACGCACCUGGCAAGCUCUGGCUCAUGAAUAUAACUCACAGCCCAGUGUAUCACUGCGAGACUUCAAACAGUUAAAGAAAUGCUGGGAAAAUAUCAAGGCACGGACAAAAAAGAUAAUGGCACAUGAGAGGCGGGAGAAGGUAAAAAGAAGUAUUAGUCCACUUAUAAAUACUCACAUCGUAGGGAAGGAGAAGAUUGGAAGCAUAAUGCCUGAGCAAAUGUACUUUUUGCAGAGCCCACCAGAAGAAGACUCUGAAUAUCAGCCUGAUGCUUCUAGUCAAGAGUCAUUUGUUGUGUCCAACAGAGAACUUUGUGAUGAAGACAAAGAUCUGGUACAUUUUCCAGUAUGCGAAGGCACCUCCCAGCCUGAGCCUUCGUGUUCUGAUGUCAGAAUAGCAGCAGAUAAGAACUACAGAAGUAAAGCAUCUCAGGAAAGUGCUCUGAAAAAGAUGCAUGAGGAAGAACAUCAUCAGCAAAUGUCGAUUUUGCAACUUCAGUUAAUCCAAAUGAAUGAAGUUCAUGUGGCAAAGAUUCAGCAAAUAGAAAGAGAGUGUGAGAUGGCUGAAGAGGAACACAGGAUAAAAAUGGAAGUGCUAAAUAAAAAGAAAAUGUAUUGGGAGAGAAAACUGCAGACCAUUACAAAAGAAUGGCCUGUAUCAUCCUAUAACAGACCCUUUCCUAAUUCACCUUAGAACAUAGAAGGGCAGAGAGUCAGUCUGAUUUAGCACAUUUAUGAGUAACACGCACUGGAAAGAGGGUUUCCUACUGUGAAUGUACAGUGACAGGAUAGGUGCCUGGCUGAUAGUGAACACACUAUAACUCUUAAUGUUUUGGGAAACAGUGGUAUAGUUCACCAAGAGGAAAACUCUAUUGUUUAUUUGUAGGUAGUUCUGAUUUGUUUAACUCACACACAUGCACAGUGUUCUAAAAUGUGAACAUAUUUUUUCCUCUCAGAACACCCUUGAUCCUUGUGAAGUUUAAGGUACUCUGGGUAUUCUUACAUUGGGAAUUCAUAAGAAAACUUAACAGCUUUAAACAUCAGGCUGUAGUGUUUGAUUUCUUUCUCUUCCUAUCUGCCAUUUCUCACAUGAAGGCAAGGGUUGGAGUUGCUCUCUGCUAUUGAGACAAAAGGUGAUGGACAGCUAUUAGUUGGAUCAUUAUGCUGAAGCUUAGGGAAAAUAAACUGGUUAAUACAGUCCAUAACUUAUUUUUCAUAGAAGAUGUGAAAAUGAAGGAUGUAGCAAGAGGGCCACUGUAGUAAUAGACCUCUCCUGAAGAACAGUAAUGGCUGGCUGACUGAGAGGAUGGUUGUGGAAUGGCCCUCCAGUUGUUUGAGCCUUGACACUUGUGAAGUCAAAAAGAAGGUGACAUCUUCCUCAAAAACCACUGUGCUUUUUCUUUCAUUUCUAGGUCCAUCUUGUAUUGAAGUAGAAUACCCAAGCAGGAGGCUCAAAUGCUUCUGCCAGCACUGUGUGCUGCUCUCCUGAAGUCAUUCUGAGGGGAAGAGCUUUUUAAGAAUUCACAAAGCUCUCAAAAUGCAGUGAGCCAGCCAGUCAUUGGCAGUCUCCCUCUAUUUUCCUAUGCAAUACUUGAUGGUGUAGCAGCUAGCUUGAUUAUUUCUCCUUAGCUAGAAGAAAAGACUAAGACUCACCCUCUUUUCCUUCUCGUAGGGUGGAAAGCAGUUCAAGGGAAUCAUUCCUGUCUUGAAGCACUGUUCUGUUUUGUUUUGUUCUGUCCUGUGUGUUAUGGUGGUGUGUUUCUUGCCUUUGCUGUCAGUGAGGGGUGAUGGACAUGAUUUGUAUGAAGGCAUUCACAUGAAAGUCCCCACAGAUUUUGGAUGUCCAGAAUGAUAGAUAGUAGGAAAGCACAAAUGAAAAUAAUCUUUACUCUGGCAAUCAUUUAUUCUAGUGGGGCAAGAGUUAAGAAAAUGUGAAACGCAGAACCCUGCAAGAAUUCAUAAGAACUUCUGGUGUUUGAAAACUUGUUUUACAGGAAGGUGUACAACCAUCAUUUGAAGCAGUGAGAAAAAUGAACAAAACCAUAAAUUUUCAUUGAAAAAUCUGAGUAUCACAUUAUUCAAUAAAGUAUUUUCAGAUCAUGA